GACCCUGCGAUAGAAGUGCUCUGCAGGUUGUCUGACUCCGCCUGCGGUGCGAGCUUUGUCGUCAUCGCAAGAGAAGCAGCGCCGCUCUCUGUUCGGCGUGCUGCCCGAACAAAAAUCGGCGUCAAUACACGCUCAACGGCUCAGCAGAGCGGAGACAGACAACCUUGGUUGAAGGACGGGGCAGCGAGUGAGAGACGUUGAGAGAGAGACACCCAGGGGCGGGAGCGGGGAUCGUGCUCAUGUGGAGGAAAUGGGGCGUCGUCCCCCUCAUCCUAGCUGCUGUUGUCGUGGCUGUACAAGGAGAUGAAGCAGUCAAACCCGACCCCGCAAGGGCAUACGCGCACUUCGUGCAAGCAAACACGUACUACACCGACCAGGAGCUUGAACGGGCGGUGGAAGAGUACAAGACGGCCCUCAAGUUCGACCCCUUACACGCGGACACCAUGUGCAACCUCGGCAGCGCUCUUCAGGACCUGGGUGACUAUCCGCUCUCAAGGCACUACUACUCCAAGGCCGUGCAGGCUAAUCCAUACCACGCCGUGGCGCACUUUAACCUGGGCCUGCUGCUGCACGACGAGGACAUUGACACGGCCAUCGAGCACUAUCAGAGUGCCGUUGAGAUGGACCCGGCUAUGGCGGACGCUUGGAGCAACCUCGGCAGCGCCUACCACCGCGAGGACGACCUGGAGGAUGCCUUGGGGUGCUACCAGGAGGCCAUCAGACUUUACGAGACGGAGGAGGCUUACCAGGGGCUGCCGUUCACCGACGAUGUCCUCGCUACGCUUAACUACCACGUCUCGAUAAUCCUGGGAAGACUACCCGACGGGCGCUGCCUGCAGGGGGGCUGCUUGUCGCAGAGGAUGGAGAUUCUCCGGAGAUGUCUCAGGCACGAUCCGGAGCACGCUCUGUGCAAGCACAACCUGGAGAGCGCCCUGGGGGACUCGAGCAUGACGAAGGCUUCUCCGGAGUAUGUGAAGGCUCUUUUCGACUACUACGCGGUUUCUUUCGACGAGAGCCUCAAGGGCCUAGACUACUCCUCCCCGGAGGCCCUGCGGGAGGUGCUGGGGGGCUUGAGGCCGCGCUACGGCGAGGUCUUCGACGCGGGGUGCGGCACGGGUCUUUUGGGACCUUUGUUCCGGGACAUCACAGAUACCCUCAUCGGGGUAGACUUGAGCGAGGGGAUGCUCGAAGCCGCGUUGGAUAGAGAUGUGUACGACGCGCUGGCUGUUGGGGAGAUAGGGGAGAUUCUGCGAAUGCGGGCUGGCGAGGGAGUACGGGGGGACCUUGUGGUGGCGGCGGAUGUACUAGUGUACAUCGGGGAGUUGGAAGACAUUUUUGUAUCGUCGCGGGAGUACCUCGGUGACGGAGGCGUUCUGGCGUUCACGUGCGAGCUCAUCGCUCCGCAAGACUGCGACGAGGCGAAGGGGUGCAAGGGGUGGCAGCUGCUGCCGUCGGGUAGGUUUGCCCACACCAAGGGCUACUUGCACCAGCUGGCGGAGAUGUGA